AUGGUCAGCCGAUUUGAACACCCAGCUGGUAGCUACAAGAAGAUUUUUGAGACAUGUGAGGAGCUCGCUGAGCCUCUUCCAACGACAAUCAUAGGUAGGAUUCCUUCAUUUCUGAAGGGAAGUCUUCUCCGUUUAGGACCUGGGCUUUUCGAGGUUGGAGAUGAACCCUUCUAUCACCUCUUUGAUGGACAGGCCCUCAUGCACAAAUUUGACUUUAAGAACGGCCAGGUCACCUACUACCGAAAGUUCAUCAGAACAGAUGCCUACGUGAGAGCCAUCACAGAGAAACGUGUGGUGAUUACUGAGUUUGGCACCUUUGCGUACCCCGAUCCCUGCAAAAACAUUUUCUCCAGGUUUUUCUCUUACUUCAAGGGUGUUGAGGUCACAGACAACUGCCUGGUGAACGUUUACCCUGUUGGUGAGGAUUACUACGCCACAACAGAAACCAACUUCAUCACUAAAGUGAACACUGAUACCCUGGAGACGCUGAAGAAGGUUGACAUGUGCAACUACGUCAACAUCAACGGAGUGACAGCCCACCCUCACAUUGAGAGAGAUGGUACAGUGUAUAACAUUGGAAACUGCAUGGGGAAGGGAGCAACGCUGGCCUACAACAUUGUCAAGACUCCACCCACACAGAAAGAUAAGUCUGAUCCCAUUGAGAAGUCCAAGGUGGUGGUGCAGUUCCCCAGUGCUGAGAGGUUCAAGCCCUCCUAUGUGCACAGCUUCGGCAAGUCGGACAACUACUUUGUCUUUGUGGAGACCCCGGUGAAAAUCAACCUGCUGAAAUUCCUGAGUGCCUGGAGCAUCCGAGGCUCCAACUACAUGGACUGUUUUGAGUCCAAUGAGAGCCAAGGAACCUUGUUUCACAUUGCCAGGAAAGACCCAGGAGAGUACAUUGAUCACAAGUACAAAGGGGCGCCCAUUGGCAUGUUUCAUCACAUCAACACCUACGAGGACCAAGGCUUCAUUGUUGUUGACCUCUGUGGAUGGAAAGGUUUCGAGUUUGUUUACAACUACCUCUGGUUGGCCAACCUGAGAGCCAACUGGGAUGAGGUGAAGAAGGCGGCCAUGAUGGCGCCACAGCCGGAGGUCCGCAGAUAUGUCAUUCCUCUGGACAUCCACAAGGAGGAGCAGGGGAAGAACCUGGUCAGCCUGCCGUACACCACCGCAACGGCGACGAUGUACGCUGACGGGACCAUCUGGCUGGAGCCGGAGGUGCUCUUCUCCGGGCCUCGCCAAGCUUUUGAGUUCCCUCAGAUCAACUACGAGAGGUACGGAGGAAAGAAUUACUCGUACGCCUACGGCCUGGGUCUCAACCAUUUCAUACCAGACAGGAUCUGCAAGCUGAAUGUGAAGACCAAGGAGACCUGGGUGUGGCAAGAGCCGGACUCCUACCCCUCAGAGCCCCUGUUUGUUCAGACUCCUGAUGGGGUGGAUGAGGAUGAUGGCGUGCUGCUGACCAUCGUGGCGGCUCCGGGCUCCCAGAGACCAGCGUACCUCCUCAUCCUCAACGCCAAGGAUCUGUCCGAGGUCGCCAGAGCAGAAGUGGAGUGCAGCAUUCCUGUCACUUUUCACGGGAUGUACAAACCCUAACGAUGCUUUUCUCAGAGUGUCAACAGGAGCCAGGCAUUACCCAGUAUUAAAAACAGGUUGAAUAAUGACUAAAUGGUUGUAUGUUCUCACUUGGGUUGUUAUAUAAAGAUAUUAUGUGAAUUGAUGUGGCUUUUUGAUUCUAGUUGCUGGAUGUACUCAAAUGUUUAAACCUGAAUUGUCAGCAUUGGUUUAAUAAAA